AUGCCUCGUCAUGUCGCCUAUGGGGCUGUGAUUACUCUUAAAAACCAUCGCACUGGCGGUGGUUAUCUCCACUCUCAUUGGCACCUUUACCCUGAUGGAGUUGGAGCAAGACAACAACAAGUCACCGCUUAUUCACAUAAAGAUGAAAACAACAAAUGGAUUGUCAAAAAGUAUGACAAAGAGCCGAAUCCAGAAAAGGAUGAAAUCGAGCUUGUUAAACAUGGAGAUCUGGUUCGCUUGGAACACCAAGUGACAACUCGAAAUUUACAUGGCCAUCGAGAACGAGCACCAGUAACCAAAAAACACUAUCAAGUCACUUGUUAUGGAGAAAAUGGUGUUGGCGAUGCAAAUGAUGUUUGGAGAGUAGAGAUCGACAAAGGAAAACAGGGAGAAAUCUUGUCGACGAUAACCAUUAAAUUUCGAUUGGUACAUUACUUUGUAGGUUGUGCUCUUCACUCUCACUCGAAGCAAUUACCUAAAUGGGGCUAUGAACAGAUGGAAGUUACUUGUUCUCCGAAUGUGCUUGAAAAAAAUUCUGUCUGGAAUAUCGAAGAUAAUUUUUUCCCGCGUUUACCGAAUGCGAGUUUCAGAGAAUAUGCUCCUUCUUUUCUCGAGAAAUUGAUUGAAUCUCAUGCAGUUAUGCUCCAGGGAAACGCUGGACUCAAACCAAAGGAAGGGGAGGUCACUUCAAAACCUAUGGGGUCGUCUUUUCAUCAAUUGUUCAUAGUUUUUACCUCUUCUCCCCUUUAA